GACCGGAAGCUGCAGGUCAGACGCACGGACGAAUCAUGGAAAGCGCUACUCGGGCUCAACUUUCGAUGCACCGCCGCCCUUUUGCGUCCGCAGCAUUCAAUCCUCGCAAUGGCGUCCACAUCCACCUGCCGCCUGCUGCGGCCAAGCCUGACAUCAGCGCGAUCUGAUGCAGUCCUCGCGCUCCUAACCCCAUCGACACGAUGCGCGCGAUUUUCGACUUCGCCGACGCUGCAGAAAAAAGACAACAACAGCAACCGCGGCGUAUCCGCCGUUAGACGGACCGGCUUGCGCGCAAGACAGACGCUCUCUGUUAGGCAGAAAGACUUUGAGAACCAGCAAUUGCCGACACCAGUGAAGGUUGAGGAGAAGCCGACAGGAACACAGGACCACGGGCUCUGGGACUUCUUCAAGAACCAGACUCUGCUUUCGACACCCACAGAGCUUUCGCAGCAUGGCCGAGAAUGGACAAUGGGCGAGCUUCGUAGCAAGGAUUGGGAUUCACUGCACCAGCUUUGGUGGGUGUGUGUCAAAGAGCGCAAUCGUCUUGCAACCGAGAAGUUGGAGCGCGCCCGUCUGAAGGCUCUGUACGGCGAUCACGAGGGAAAGGAGAGAGACGAGGCGGUUCAGAAAACCAUGAAGGCAAUCCUCGACACACUAGCCGAGCGAACACAAGCAUAUCAGGAGGCGCUCGCACUCGCCAGCCAGGAUCCCUCCAUCGACCUGAGCAGGACAGACGGGCCGCAGUACACCCAGCUGCCUUACGAUCCAUUAGAACCAGAGGCUUUUGAGGAGGAAGCGCCUGCCGCCGCCGCCGAUGCUGCGAAGGAUAACACAAGCCAAUCGAACGAGAAGCUGAAUCUGAGAGCAGCGUAGAGAUAGAGAAGACUGCGCUAGAAAGCAAUGCAGUUUGAUCGUUGGUCGCAGGCUUUGGUCAGAAGCUGUGCUGCAGCCGAUGCAGCCGAUGCAGCACGGUUGAGCAGCAAACUGUUGUUCCUGAGAAGCACCAAAGCAUGCAUACACGGUAUGCGCGAUCGCCAGUGUAUCGUGUCAGGGGAAUUUGCCCAAGUCGUGAUGUGAUUAUAGCGAUGUAUUAGACAGUGUACAGUACUGGACUGGCUCAGGGGAUGAGCAGACACGGGCGCUUUCUGCCAGAGGGCAUGAACCUUUUGUAAAAUAUCUGGCAGGGCGAACACAUGAUUUUGAUGAAGUUGUCUGUGCUCUAGCAUAAAUGCAGGUCAAGUUGUGGAUAACUCUGUUGUGCCAGGUCUGUUUUGACGAUGC